CUGAAGCUCCAUCAUCUGAUUUUAAAACCAGCCGAAACCUUAGAUUCAAAUUCAAAACCCAAUCGAAGGUAUUUGAGCUUUUUCACUCAUUCUACAAUAACAAUUUCUGCAUCUCGGAUUAUGGAAGUAGAAAGUUUCAUUUAUGGUUCGAUUUUGACACCAUCAAAUGGAUCUUGGAUUCAAUGUCCCUCCUUUCCAAACGGAAAUGGUGGAAAACUUCACUGACUGAGGAUAAUAGAAGAAUAGAGCUCAGCCUGGGUUCAAAUUACAAAGGAUACUACAUCAAGAUCUUAGAGAGAAGGAGAGAGGGUAAGAGGUUUUUAAUCAUUCCCUUUGACUCAAACAAGGAUGGACCGAAACUUUUCAUCAGGGCACUCUCCUCCUUUAUCCACAGAGCUUUUGUAUCAAAGCCAACAGUGGAUGGCAAGGUUCAAAUAUCCUCAAAUUCUCUCACAGAACUCAAAGAACCCCAGGCUCUUUUCGAGACUGCUCUCUUGGUAAAUGGCACACCAACACUGCCAAAUUCAAAGGAGAAUGAGGACCUAGAUUUUCAUGCCCCUUUGAUAGAGGGCAGAGAUGCAGAGGGACAAUUGGUGUUAUAUAAGGGAGAAACAAAAAAUUGCAACACCUUUAACGAUUUGUUUCCACCACUAUCAAAAAGUUUCUUAUCUCCUUUUGCAUCCUCAUUUGUACCUCUUUCAUAUAACAAGUUUGCUGUUCUACACAAGGAUAUGGACCGGGAGUCAUUACGCUUGGAGGAUGAGGAUCCUUUUUCAAAGCUGAAUGACCAAAGCUUGGUUUUAUACCUUAAUGCAGUGGAAGAUCACACAAAGGAAAGGGAAGGGCCCAUUCUCUACACACAUUCAGAGGGAGAGGACUUAGUUUUCAUUGACUCUAUGCUUAAGCCUCUUCAGAUUGACCUCUCAAGAUUCCCCAAGCACCCUUUAUAUCUUCACAAGGAACUCAAGGGAAGAAAGACUUAUUCCCCUUCACAAAUUGUGACACGAAGCAAGGCCAAAUUACUAGCACAAGGUAGAAGGAUCACACCAAUAGGAUGGGAAGAGGAGCAAGACCUAGCUGAUCCCCUGUCUCAUGAGGAUGAGGUAAUAAGUUUUUUCAAGCUCUGCUGUCCAAACAAAAAAGAAGAUCCUAUCCCUCCUAAAAAGCCUAUGACCAAAACGGCUGUUCUGGUGGUUUUUCUGUAUAGUUUGCUCCAUUUAGAUUGGCGUGAUUUCUCAAAUGAAAAUUGGGAAAUAUCUAGAUACGAUGGGGAUUUUUCUGUCAAAGUUUCUUGGGAUUCAAAUCGUUUUGGACAUUUUGCACGCCUAGUGUCAAAAACAGGGUCUUCGCCUAAUCAAAUUAUCAUUCCUGCUGGUUUCUAUUUAGAAGGGCUAAAACUUUUCAGUAAGGGCCUAUCUAAACUGUUGAGGAACUCGAAUGGGUUAAGUAAUCACCUGCCACAGCUACUGCCCAUUGAUUUUCAAGAAGGUCUUGGGUUGGUUAAAGUUUGCAAUGAUGAGGGGUGGAGAUGCUACCAUGGAGUUCAAUCUGCUGCUAUAUGUGAUGAAGAACGGAAUAAUUAUGAAAGUAGGCUAGUUGUUGACCUCACUAUGGAGAAAGAGAUGGAAUGUUUGCAAAGGCCCAAACCAUUGGCAAAGCCCAGCAGGAAGACGGCCAAGCCUAACUUCGUCAAGGCCCACUUGACGGAACCAGGACAAAUGACCAACAAAGAGCGCCUCGGCAGCACUGCGCACUCGGCCCCGGCAGGGUUGGUCAUCCUCGGAGCAACCACGGCCGGCCCUCCAUCCAGAGGCUUCCGAAGGCAAGUCAGGCGCUCGGCCUCGGCCACGAGCAGCGGCAGACCAGAUCUAGGCGAGGGAGCCGGCCUGGUCAGGAUCAAGGGGCCCACGAUUAGACUCCUGCCAUGCCUCUAGAAGAGUUGCUAUAGCCACCCUACUUGUAACCUA